CUUGAGCGACAUGUUACAGAUGUAAGGAAACAUGACGAGGACUUCGGUGGUUUAAGAAUGCUCCCUGGUAGGAAGCAAAUAAUGAAGGAGAAGAGGGCCUGAGCUUCACUGAAAUACUUUGUAUGCUCCAUGUGGAUCCAUGUUGAUCUUUUCCGUACCCGGUCUGAACAGAGCAGCAGUGCGUGUGAGGAGACUGGCAACACAACUUCGCACAGCAACAAUGUCGACUAACAACCAGGACUCCGGCUCCUCCUCUGAUUCUCCUACAGCAGCCAUUCUCAUCAUCGGAGACGAGAUCCUCAAGGGUCACACUGUGGACACCAACAGCACCUUCCUGGCCCGAGCACUUCGGAGGCUCGGUGUGUCCGUGCAGCGGAUAACCGUGGUACCAGAUGUACAGGAGGUGAUAGCCAAAGAGGUGGUCCUCCUUUCCUCUCGGUACACCCACCUCCUAACGUCGGGGGGCGUAGGCUCCACUCAUGACGACAUCACCUUAGAGAGCAUCGCCAUGGCGUUCCGGGAGGAGAUGUAUCCUCAUCCUGAGCUCACCAGGCUGGUUGAAGAAUUCAUUGGGACGACGGACAAAGACGGUCCGGCCAUGAAGAUGGCCAGGGUGCCUCGAUCGGCAAAACUCAACUACGGAACUGACCCCCAGACUGGAAAACGCCAGCGCUACCCAAUCGUCAGCGUGCGCAACGUAUAUGUAUUUCCUGGGACCCCGUCCUUCAUGGAGAUGGCCUUCACUGGACUGGAGCAUCUCUUUGCUAGUUCAGGAACCACAUUUUACACUCGAGAGGUGUUUGUAGACGCAGAAGAAACGGAGAUCGCCACUGUGCUGACCAAACUGCAGGCCAGUUGGGGGCGAAAGGUGGCUCUCGGCUCCUACCCUGACUGGUUGAGCAAUUACUGCAAAGUCAGACUGGUUCUGGACUCAGACAGCCAGGAAGAGGUGGACAGAGCUCGUGCGCAGCUGGUCGAUCAGCUGCCUAAGGGUAGUGUGGUGGCUUUGGUCAAAGACCCAGUGACUCUCGCCAGUGCAGAGGUGUACAAACUGGCCAACAGCGACACGGCGCUGGGAGAGAAAGUCAAGUCCGCUCUGAAAACAAUCGAGGCUGCGCUGGAUCAGUAUUCAACAGAGAAAAUCUGUGUCGGCUUCAACGGAGGCAAAGACUGCACAGCACUGCUCCAUCUCUACUACGCUGCACUGAAACGGCUCUAUCCAGACGGGAAAGACAAGGUUAAAGCUCUGUAUAUCCGUAAUGUCUCUCCUUUUCCCGAAAUGGAGAGAUUCCUUCAAGACACGACAAAGAAGUAUAACUUGGAGUUGAUCUACGUGGAGGGCAGCAUUCGCCAAGCGCUGAACGAGUUGCAGGAAAAGAGACCGGGGCUGAAAGCCGUCCUGAUGGGAACCAGAAGAAGCGACCCUUACUCUCACACGCUCACACCCAUGUGUCCCACUGAUCCCGGCUGGCCCGAAUACAUGAGAGUCAACCCACUUCUGGACUGGACGUAUCACGACAUCUGGUCAUUCCUGAGGACGUUACAUGUACCCUACUGCAUCCUCUACGAUAAAGGCUACACUUCGCUCGGCAGCAUGGACAACACCUGCCGGAACAAGGCCCUCCAGGUGGUGGAUGAGAAGGGCGUGAAGCGAUACAAGCCAGCCUACCUUUUAGAGAAUGAAGAAGAAGAGCGUAACUCCCGCGCCUGAUGAAAACAAAAAGUCUGUGCUAUUGUUCGUAGAGACGUUUUUUUUUAGA